AUAUUUCUCUCCUCUCUCAGUUCACUUUAGUUCACUUUGAGCUGAGCGUUCUGAUCAGUCAAAUUAAGUGAUCUCUGAUCUCUCCUAAGAUGUCCUGGACUCGAGUCUUUGUGCUGUCCUCGCUCAGCGUGCUCCUCAUCCUCACCUUUUCCAGUGUGGUGGAAAAUGCAGCCGUCAAGGACAACUCAAAAGCAGGGGAUCCUAAAGGAGUAGAGCGGCAGUUAUUCAUGAAAGAGUCAGAAGCUUCCAACUUCUUCAAACGCCGCAGUCGCCGCUCACCCCAAUACUACAACGAGUACCUAGCUGAGCAGAGGGUAAGACUCGCCAAGGACGAGCAGAGGAGAGAGUACAACGAGGAGCAGAGGGACGAGUUUGAGAACUACGUCGAGGAGGAGCGUGAUGAGCAAGAUGAGAGAACACGAGAGAAGAGUGAGCAGUUCAGGGAGUUUCACUACGACGGCCAAUACCCUCGCUACCACUGGUUCCACUGAGCUGAUCGCUGCAGUGAGGGCCACGGAGUAGAGCUUAUCAUUGGAGUAGUGCUAAUCCUGCCAUCACCUUGCCAUUGUACCUACUAUUAAGUUCUGACACUUUGAGAGUUGUCUCCGUGUUGUUCUUUACUUUUAUCUACAGGAUGAAAGUUUUUUUUAUAAAAAUUAAAUUGUGCAAUAUGUCUCCUUUUAAAUGUAAAAUGUAUUAAAGUGCAGUUUUUGUUUUCUAAACCAAACUUUGUUAUAUAAAACGGAUACUUUAUUGUAUGUUUUGCAUGUUUUUUUUCAUAUACCUUUUAUACAUACAACUUAUAUAAUGUCCUUUAUGUCAGUCUGAGGUAUUCUGAGCAAUAAAAUCAACCCCUGAUGUUGACAACUGGACUUGUUUUUCUUGAGGGCGAUAGCACCUCUUCUGAUUUCUUGAAGUCAAAAUUACAAAUAAAGAUGAGUUUCCUAAC